AUGGGUCAAAAAUCCAAGGAUACUUUGACUGUGCGGCCACAGAGUCGUGGCCGACGAUCUCCUAGUCGUUCACCGCAGCCUAAGACUCGCAAGCCUAUACAGCCACAGCAAAGUGCGAGUUAUGCCUCUGAGGGUGUGAAAGAUUAUGAUAUUCUCAACCUUCCCGCAUCCGACUAUAAGCUUCUCGUGCUAGUAACGCUUAUUGGAGCUGCUGUGCGCCUAUUUCGCAUCUAUCAACCUACAAGUGUCGUGUUUGAUGAAGUCCAUUUCGGUGGUUUCGCCAGCAAAUAUAUCAAGGGAAAUUUCUUCAUGGAUGUGCAUCCUCCUCUGGCCAAAUUGUUACUCACGCUAGCAGGUUGGUUAGCCGGCUUUGAUGGAGAGUUCGACUUCAAGGAUAUUGGCAAAGAUUAUAUUGAGCCAGGUGUUCCUUACGUUGCCAUGCGCCUGCUCCCUGCAAUGAUGGGAGUGUUGACGGUUUCAUUGAUGUUCCUUACACUCAAGGCCAGCGGUUGUCGUUCUUCAACUGCUGUCAUGGGUGCCAGUGUGGUAAUCUUUGAUAACGCGCUGACCACUCAAUCUCGUCUAAUUCUCCUUGACUCUCCUUUGGUAUUCUUCACUGCUCUGACUGCCCUGUCAUUCACUUGUUUCUCUAACCAACAAGAACUGGGUCCUAACUAUGCAUUCCGAGGGCCUUGGUGGUUUUGGCUAGCUGCAACCGGCGUAUCUUUGGGGGCAACUCUCAGUGUGAAAUGGGUUGGAUUGUUCACCAUGGCUUGGGUUGGGUCCAUCACAGCCCUGCAGCUAUGGGUAGUAUUGGGUGAUACAAAAACUGUUUCUCCUCGGUUAUGGUUCAAGCAUUUGUUCUCACGAGCGUUUUGCUUGAUUGUCAUUCCUGUGGGCUUCUAUCUUGCCAUGUUUGCCAUUCACUUUACCUGCCUCGUUAACCCAGGCGAGGGCGAUGGCUUUAUGUCAUCCGAGUUCCAAGCAACUCUGAACUCCAAGUCAAUGCAGGACGUGCCAGCAGAUGUAUCCUUUGGAUCUCGUGUCAGCCUCCGUCAUCUGAAUACACAGGGUGGCUACUUACAUUCACACAACCAUAUGUACCCCACGGGCAGCAAACAGCAGCAGAUUACCCUUUAUCCCCACAAGGAUGAGAACAAUGUGUUUGUAUUGGAAAACCAAACUCAACCCUUGGGCCCUUAUGGGGAGAUCCCUGGAGCUUUUGCCUGGGAUAAUCUAACUGCUACCGAUAACUUUAUUGAAGAUGGGUCGAUCAUUAGACUCUACCAUCAGCUUACUCAUCGACGAAUUCAUUCCCAUGAUGAACGACCCCCUGUCACAGAGGCUGACUGGCAAUUUGAGGUUUCUGCUUAUGGCUAUGAGGGAUUCCCUGGUGAUGCCAACGAUUUAUUCAAAGUUGAGAUUGUGCCUUCGAUGUCCGAGGGUGAUGUGGCCAAAACGCGUCUGCGCACGAUUCAGACCAAGUUUAAAUUGGUUCAUAUCAUGACUGGCUGUGUGCUCUUUUCCCACAAGGUUAAACUUCCAGACUGGGGCUUUGAGCAACAAGAAGUCACAUGUGCCCGUGGUGGUACUCUUCCUAAUAGUCUUUGGUACAUUGAGUCCAAUUCGCACCCCACGAUGCCACCAGAGGCCGAAAAGGUGAAUUACCGUAACCCUGGCUUCCUCGGGAAGUUCUGGGAACUGCAAAAGGUGAUGUGGACCACCAACGCAGGUCUGGUUGAAUCGCAUGCCUGGGACUCUCGUCCUCCAUCCUGGCCGACUCUGCUCCGCGGCAUCAACUUCUGGGGCAAAGAUGCCCGCCAGGUCUAUCUCCUAGGUAAUCCUCUUAUCUGGUGGUCGUCUACUCUCGCAAUUGGCGUUUACUUCGUUUUCAAGGCUAUCGCUGUUCUUCGUUGGCAACGCAGUUGUAAUGAUUACAUCCACGUUUCAUGGAAAAGAUUUGACUAUGAAGUCGGUACUACUGUUCUGGGAUGGUUCUUCCAUUAUUUCCCCUUCUACCUCAUGGCUCGUCAACUUUUCUUGCACCACUAUCUUCCCGCCCUUUACUUUGCGAUUAUGGUUCUCUGUCAGGAAUUUGACUUUAUCUUGAAUCGCGUCAAAGUCUUCGGAUUGACCUCGCGACCCGCCAUUGGAAAAUCACUGAUGGCCAUUUUCGUGAUACUUUCUAUUGCUGUGUUUACGCUGUAUUCUCCCCUCAUAUAUGGCAACCCCUGGACGAAAAGCGCUUGUUACAAGGUCAAGUUAUUGAACGGUUGGGAUUUUGAUUGCGAGAGAUUUCACGCCGAUCUGAGUCAAUACCAUUCGCCAAUCCCCACCCUGGACCAAACGGUUCCGACGACGUCUGCUCACGUGAAGCCUUCACAGCCACCACAGGAUCCUCCUGAGCAGCACUUAGCCCAAGAGCCCAUCAACGCGGCCCAUGACCAAGACCAGGAACCAGACCAGGCUGCUGUCACUUCACCCAAGCUUGCCGGCUCUAUGGCCCGUGUUGAGUAUCGCGAUCAACACGGUAAUAUUCUUCCUGAGGACCUUGUGGCCUCCCUACGCGCUGAUGGCAACGUGAAAUUCGAGACCCGUUGGGAAUCUAAAUCCCGACUCCAGCAUGCGCACGAAGUUCCGAUUGUUGAUGGCCAUCUUGCGCCCCCUCACCCAGAUGUGGAAGGUCAGAAUCCCGAAACUCGUGGAAAAUCCGAAGACUCAGUCCCGUUGGAGAAGCCCGCCUCCGUUGCGAAAGGUAACGAGCGAUCCAUGGAGAACUCUGGUUCCCCAGAGGCAAAGCCUGCUAGUGAAGGUAACGAAGCUACUAGGCAGUGA